AUAGAAGUCGUUGUAAUGAAAACAACGAUAUUUAUGAAUAAAACGUGUAUUUAAUUGAUAUUUUGGUAAAUAUAACAACAAAACAACGAUUGCAUUGUUUAUACAUUAAUUGAUCCACAAUUUGAAUAUUGAUUUAAUCGAGUCUUAAAUCUAUACAAACCAUUGACAAGAAUGGCGUCACUUAAAGGAAAGGCAGCGAAGACUAAAGUAAAGAACAAGAGUCCGGCAGAGAUACAGAUAACAGCGGAACAGUUAUUAAGAGAAGCCAAAGAAAGAGAUCUCGAGAUCGUCGCUCCACCGCCUAAGCAGAAGAUAUCAGAUCCCGAAGAAUUAGCUGAUUAUCAAUUGAGAAAACGUAAGGCAUUUGAGGAUAGUAUCCGUAAGAAUCGACUGGUGAUCAGCAAUUGGAUCAAAUAUGCCAAAUGGGAGGAAAGCCAACAACAAAUACAAAGGGCCCGAUCGGUCCUCGAGAGAGCACUCGAUGUCGACCACAGAAACGUUACGAUUUGGCUCAAGUAUUCUGAAAUGGAAAUGAAAGCCAAACAAGUAAAUCACGCGAGAAAUGUAUUGGACAGAGCAAUACUACUUCUGCCACGAGUUAAUCAAUUGUGGUAUAAAUACGUAUAUAUGGAGGAAAUGUUGGCCAAUGUCUCGGCCUGUCGUCAAGUGUUUGAAAGGUGGAUGCAAUGGGAACCUGAACUCCAGUGUUGGUUGACUUACAUUAACUUUGAGUUGAGAUAUAAAGAAGUGGAUCGGGCCAGACAUAUAUACGCCAGAUUUGUGACCGUACAUCCAGAGGUCAAUAAUUGGAUCAAAUUCGCCAAAUUUGAAGAACAGAACGGAUUUAUAGUCAAUGCUCGAGAAGUUUAUGAAAAAUCUAUUGAGUUCUUUGGCGACGAGUAUUGCGAUGAAACUCUGUUUAUGGCUUUUGCAAAGUUUGAAGAAAAUCACAGAGAAUACGAUAGAGUUAGAGUUAUCUAUAAAUAUGCUUUGGAUCAGUUAUCAAGUGAUAAGACACAGCAACUCUUUCAUCAGUACACACUCUUCGAAAAGAAAUAUGGAGACAGAGCCGGCAUUGAAGAUAUUGUAAUGAAUAAAAGGAAGUAUCAAUACGAGGAACAACUUAAGAGUAAUUCACAUAAUUAUGAUAUUUGGUUUGAUUACAUCCGACUCAUGGAAAACGAAGAAGACAUUGAGGCCAUUCGCAAAAUCUUUGAACGCGCCAUCGCUAACAUUCCGCCAAAGAAAGAGAAACGUUUUUGGAGACGAUAUAUAUAUUUAUGGAUCAGUUACGCCAUAUUUGAAGAGUUAGACGCAAAAGAUAUAGAUAGAGCUCGCGAAGUCUAUCAGUUUUGCCUCAAAUUAUUACCGCAUAAGACGUUUACUUUUGCUAAGUUUUGGAUUUUGGCCGCAAAGUUUGAAAUCAGACACAAGAACUUAACGGCCGCUCGCAAACUGUUGGGAACAGCUAUUGGAUUGUCUCCUAAAGAUAAACUUUUUAGGGAAUACAUCGAACUUGAAAUUCAUUUAAGAGAGUUUGACAGAUGUCGUGUACUUUAUCAGAAAUUUCUUGAAUUUUCGCCACAAAAUUGUACCGUUUGGAUGAAAUUUGCCGAAUUAGAGACUAUUUUAGGUGAACUGGACAGAGCCCGAGCUAUUUAUGAGAUAGCAAUAGAUCAGCCGAGACUUGAUAUGCCAGAAGUGAUUUGGAAGUCAUACAUAGAUUUUGAAGUCGAACAGCAAGAGUAUGAAAAGGCGCGCCUUUUGUAUGAACGGCUACUCGAACGGACACAACACGUCAAAGUAUGGAUCAGUUUUGCACGAUUUGAGUUCCAGGCUUCUGAUGGCAGCGAAAGUGGUAUCGCACAGACCAGAACUGUCUUUGAAAGGGCUAAUAAAGCUCUCAGAAAUUGCGAAGAAAAAGAAUCGAGACUUAUGUUAUUAGAGGCCUGGAAUGAGUUCGAACAACAGUAUGGAACUGAUAACAGUAGACAACAUGUAUCGCGACUAAUGCCUAAAAAGGUUAAGAAAAGAAGAAAAAUACAGACUGAUGACGGAUCAGAUGCCGGUUGGGAAGAGUAUUACGAUUAUAUCUUCUCUACUGAUGAAGAAGCACUACCACAUCUCAAAUUUUUAGAAAUGGCUAAGAAAUGGAAACAAUUACAACAACAAGAGUGAUAAUUUGGUAAUCAUCACAACAUUUGAAAUCAUUCAUAAUUGUCUACAA